CAACCCAUUAUAAAUUGUAAACACAAACCCAUAUUCUAAUCAUCAUCCUCCAGACUCUACGUUCCAAACCAUGGUUACCCGCAACGGUGAGAGAAGCUUUCACGGCGAUAGCCACGAGAGCGGCACCUUCUCCGUCGAGGAAACUCCGGCGAGCAGGACUAUGACUGUAGAGGACAAAGAUCACGGCGAUGGUGGUGGUGGUGGUCGUGAUUCAGAUGAUAAGUUGCCGUCGGUGGAGAUGAUAUUUAAGGGGCAGGUCGAGCCCUCCUGGAGGGAGCAGCUGACUAUUAGGGCUUUUGUUGUGAGCUUCGUGUUGGGUGUGCUCUUCACUUUCAUAGUGAUGAAGCUCAAUUUGACCACUGGGAUUAUUCCCUCUCUGAAUGUUUCCGCUGGGCUGUUGGGGUUCUUCUUCCUGAAGUCAUGGACCAAGUUGAUGGAGAAGUCUGGGUUGUUGAAGCAGCCCUUCACCAGGCAGGAGAACACCGUCAUUCAGACUUGUGUCGUCGCCACCUCCGGCAUCGCCUUCAGCGGAGGCUUUGGGAGCUACCUCUUUGGAAUGAGCUCCACUGUGGCAGGUCAGUCAUCAGAGACCAACGCUGCCCAGAAUACCAAGGAUCCAAGCUUGUCAUGGAUAAUUGGGUUUCUGUUUGCCGUUAGUUUCCUUGGUCUCUUCUCCGUUUUGCCUCUACGAAAGAUCAUGAUUAUAGACUACAAAUUGACAUACCCUAGUGGCACUGCAACUGCUCACCUUAUCAACAGCUUCCAUACUCCUCAAGGAGCCAAGCUAGCCAAGAAACAAGUAAGAACUUUGGGCAAGUUUUUCUCCUUCAGCUUUCUGUGGGGUUUCUUCCAAUGGUUCUUUACUGCUGGGGAUGGAUGUGGAUUUGUGAACUUCCCCACAUUUGGCCUGAAAGCCUUUGACAACAGGUUUUACUUCGACUUCUCAGCUACAUAUGUUGGCGUAGGGAUGAUCUGUCCUUACUUAAUCAACAUAUCUGUAUUAGUUGGAGCAAUUCUGUCAUGGGGCCUAAUGUGGCCUCUCAUAAAAAACAGGAAGGGGGAUUGGUACUCAUCCGAGCUUAGUGAAAGCAGUCUCCAUGGCCUCCAAGGUUACCGGGUCUUCAUCUCUAUUGCAAUGAUCCUUGGUGAUGGCCUCUACAACUUUAUCAAGGUUCUUGGCCGAACGAUUCAGGGCUUCAUCAAACAGUAUAAAAAGAAGGAAGUUAUACCUGUUACUGAACGAGACUCUCCUCAGAAAGUAUCCAACUCUUAUGAUGACGAGGUCCGGACCAAACUCUUCCUCAAGGACGGAAUACCAAUGUGGGUAUCAUUGGCUGGCUAUGUUGCAAUUGCUGCCGUUUCCAUGGGAGUAAUUCCUAAAAUUUUCCAUCAGAUGAAAUGGUACUAUGUCCUGGUCAUAUACAUAGUCGCUCCAGCUCUAGCCUUCUGUAAUGCAUAUGGGGCUGGGCUGACUGACUGGUCACUUGCCUCAACUUAUGGAAAGCUUGCCAUUUUCGCCAUUGGAGCAUGGGCCGGAGAAUCUCAUGGAGGUGUCCUUGCAGGUCUUGCCGCAUGUGGGGUUAUGAUGAAUAUUGUAUCAACAGCUUCUGACCUAAUGCAGGACUUCAAAACUGGGUACAUGACUAGAUCUUCCCCCAGAUCCAUGUUUUUCAGCCAAAUAAUUGGAACUGCGAUGGGCUGCCUCAUCUCCCCAUGUGUCUUUUGGCUCUUCUACAAGGCUUUCAAAGAUCUAGGCUCACCGGAGUCACAGUACCCUGCACCUUAUGCUGCUGUCUACAGAAGCAUGUCAAUCCUGGGUGUUGAAGGCUUUGGGGCUUUGCCCGAUCACUGCCUCACCCUUUGCUAUGUCUUCUUCUUCGGCGCCAUCAUCAUCAACCUCAUCAGGGAUACUAUUGCAAAGAAGUGGGCAAAGUACAUCCCCCUUCCAAUGGCCAUGGCUAUACCAUUUUAUCUCGGCUCCUACUUUGCCAUUGACAUGUGCGUUGGAAGCUUGAUCCUCUUUAUCUGGGGCAAGCUGAACAAGGCCAAGGCAGACGCUUUUGGACCAGCUGUUGCUUCUGGUUUGAUAUGUGGCGAUGGAAUAUGGACUUUGCCCAGUUCCAUCCUAGCUUUGGCUGGGGUGCAACCACCCAUCUGCAUGAAGUUUCUGUCAAGGGGAACAAACUCCAUGGUGGAUAAAUUCUUAAGUCCUUAGUCCCUGUAUUCAGUCACUGAACUCUAGUGUUUCCUUUCUCCCUUUUAUAAAUAACUUCAAUAGUCCACUUAUCAAUAUGUAAAGAAGAAAGACUCCAGUGGGUGUUUGUUUUUUUUUUAAUUUAUUGUUGAAGGAGUUUGUUUAUAGAUUUUAAA